AUGGGCUGCGCCCUGGGGCCGGGGCCUCGGGGGCGCCACGCGGGAGCUGCGAGCCGGGAGCCAGGAGCCUGCCCGCCCCGUGCCGCGCUGCCCCAACCCCCCUCCCCGGCCCAGCAGCCCCCGCGCUCGGACUCAGUUUCCCCUGCGGCUCCCGGGGGGCGCAGAGGUGCGGACUUACCGGGCGGGGGCGCGGGGGCGCUCGCUCGGGUCGGGCAGGGCCGCGGGCUCCGCAGGGCUCGGGCCGGGCUGGGCGCGGGCUGGGCUCCAGCGGCGCGGGGCGCGCGGAAGAGGAGGUGCCGCCCCGCCCCGCCCUCGGCGGCCACGUGGGGAGCGGGCCCCGCCCGGGGCGGAGCCGGGGAGGGGUCGGCGGGAGGCUCCCCGCGCCAGCCUGUGCCCCCGCGCCCGCGCCACCCGGAGGCCGCCCCUUCCGCACCUGCCGGCCUCGCUCCUGGCGGGCGCGGCGGCGGCGGCGGGGGCUGGAGACGCGGAUCGGGGGCCUGGGAAAGUCCCCCCACCUCGGACCUCGCGGCGGGCCGCCUCUCCGGUGUCUCCUGCGCCCGGCCUUCUCGCCCCCGACCCCUCCUCCGGUCCAGCCCCCGCGGGCAGCGAGCCGUCGGACCCGCUCAGCCACGGGGCUCAGGGGCAGAGUCCGAGUCGGGCUGUCACUCGGCUGCCUCGCCCCUACCUGGGACCCCUGCGCUGGCCCCUGGAUCCCCAGCUGAGGGUCCCUCGCGGGCGUUCUGCGGUGGACAGAGCCCCCACCAGCCGCAUCAGCCCCUGCGGGCCUCGCAGCAGGCCCGUCAGAGUCCGCUGGGGGUGGGGGUCUGGGGCAGGCUGGAAGAGCGGGGCCCUGCAGGCCACGGCCAAGGAAGCCGCCCCUGCUCCCGGCCCCACGGGAGUGCUGGGGCCGUGUUCUCUGCCACCCCCUCCUUCUUGCCCUGCCUCAUCAAUCCUGUGGCACGGUGGGGCCUGGUCCAUGACCCCCACAUUUCCUGGAGUGCAGGGGGGACCUGCCCCCUGCAUGCUCAGAAAGCCUGGCUAACCGGCUUGGGAGAGGCGGCCUCCAGCUCUGGAAGUCCCUUGGGGUAUGUAACCCUCAAUGGGAGCUCACAGGGAACGGAUCGCCGCAGGCCUGAGGGCCCAGGGGACCAUGGAUGACCUCGGACACUACUACAGAAUGGAAUUAGCAAAAGCAUGCCCGGCCACCGACCCACUCAGCCCACUGUCC